GAAAAAAAUGAAGAGGCAGAAGGUCUUCAAUUCUCUAUUAUCAAUUCCAAAAGCGACAGCUGUUAACAUCACCAAUUGAAAGGAGUUCCUGUUGAGGCAGCUCUUUCCAUCAAGAAAGAAGCUUCUUUAAUGGAAAUCUCAUCCAUCAGAGGAUUACCCGAACUGAAUCUUAAUCUGCAGGGAAUGUGCGAACCGUAUUUUAUCCAUCCAUGGCAGAUGAGUUCGCUUGAGGAGCUCAACACAUUCCCCAUAUCAGCUGCAUUUGGAGAGAACCUACAGCAUUCUUUCUCUCACUCAUCCUUCAACCCAAAAACUUCCAUCGAAUCCGUUUCCCAGACCAGCAUCGAUCGACCAAUGAAACAGCUUAAAACCGAUGGCUGGAAUUCCGGCAGAACUGAUCAUAUUCAAAACCCGCCUUCUGCUUCUUCUCAUAGCCUCCUUUCCUUUGCCAUUUCCAAUGAUCACACAACUCAAUUUGGCACCUUGAAGCCCAAGGACGAGGUGGUCUCUCCUAAUAGCCUCUCAUUCCCUUCUGAUAUUUUGGUAUCUCAAGGUUCCUAUGGCAACCAAAACCGUGUAUUCAAAGCCUGCCAGGAAGAUAAGAGAAUCAGCACAACCCCAAGAGUCUCCCAGGCUCACGAUCACAUCAUAGCCGAGAGGAAACGUCGAGAGAAGCUCAGCCAGCGGUUCAUAGCUUUGUCUGCAAUUGUUCCAGGCCUAAAGAAGACGGACAAGGCUUCUGUUCUAGGAGAUGCCAUAAAGUACUUGAAACAUCUGCAAGAGCAAGUGAAGACACUAGAGGAGCAGACUAGGAAGAAAACCAUGGAAUCUGUGGUUUUUGUAAAGAAAACACACAUCAUUGAUGACGGUGAGAACUCUUCCUCUGAUGAGAAUUUCUCUGGAAGCCCCCAGGGCGACCCUCUCCCUGAAAUCGAAGCAAGAUUUUCCGACAAAAAUGUCCUCAUAAGAAUUCACUGCGAGAAGAAAAAAGGAGUAACAGAAAAGAUAUUAUCUGAGAUUGAGCAGCUCCACCUAAUCGUCACCAAUAGCAGUGUCAUGACAUUUGGGAAUUCUGCUCUUGACGUGACUAUUAUCGCUCAGAUGGAUCUGGAAUUCCAUUUGACAGCAAAGGAUCUUGUGAAGAAUCUACGUACCGCUUUCAAAUUGUUCAUGUGAGAAGGAAGACUUGAAGUCUAGUUCAUAGACAGAAAAGUUUUUUUUUUUUUUUUACCGUCUCUAGGGGCUCUGAAAGACAAGGAAUAAUACUCAUCCCCAUAGUUACUCCAAAGUCCUUCUAGAAUCUUCACGAACAAGGCCUGUAAUGUUUUACCAUUUCAAACGUCGGCCAUAAAACUUGUUUUCCGUAGGGUUUCAUUUUUGCAGGAGGGGCUUUUUAGAUCAAUCUUUUUGCAUGGUUUGUCUUGUUGACCGUGUUUAAUCACCCUUCUGUUUAAAAGGAACAAUCUUACGGCGUGUUUGGCCUUUUUUUGUGGGAGGUUGAAAACUUCAACCAAUCAUGUUGUGCCUCUUCAACUUGUGGAGGGCACAAUGGUUUUUUAGAUGGUUAGACAAACAGGACUUUGUCUUGGUAGCUUGUUUGUUGUUUUAGAGGCAUCUUGAAAGUUUUUUUCCUUGGGCUUUUUUUUUCCCUCUCUCUAUCAUGUGAUGGCUUGUAUUGGUCUAUCAAGUGUAAUGGAAUAAGAAUAACUUCUCUCAUUUUAU